AUGUCUGUGGCAUCACUUUCGUCCUCGUUGUCUUCAUCAGCUGCAUCUUCCACGCUGCUUCCUGCAGGGCCUUCCUCUAGCCAGUUCAAUAUCGUAACCUCCGAUCAGCUCCUCCCUACAUCUUGUUCCCCCACGUUCAAGAGUCGUUCAGGUGGUCCUGUUUCCAGCCCAAUACCUUGCUCGUUUUCCUCUGCACCUUCAAUGGGUCAGGUAAACAGCCGCCCGCAGGUUACUACCGUACUUUCACCACCGUCUUCACCAGCUCCUCCUUUGCCGAGCGCUAGUUCGUCAUCAGGAUUCAGCCUUGCCCGUGCCUUUGGUGGACGACGGAAAAAGUCUGAGACUCUUAAUAUCUCUUCUGGUUCAUCGCAACAUAGCGGCCACAGAGUGAAGGACUCCCAGGGUGGCGACGAUUUUUUCCCUGGGACCCCACAAAGCGCACCAUCCCGCCCGUACGGGGCCAAACAGCUGACUCUCUCCCUCGCUUCGCAUGUGUUUAGCAAGAAACACGCAGGCUCGGCCCCCGUUUCACCUGCGGUGAGCCUUGCGCCGCCACCGCCACCACCGAAGAUUGCUGCGCCACUUCCCGUGUCACGCCUCGCACCUGUGAACACAAACAUCGACAAGCGAGUGUCGGUAAUGACCACCACGAGUCCUAUUGCGCCAGCUUUGGAUUAUAUGCGCAGAACAGACGAAGCUUCAGAAUUUGCCGCAUCCAAGGAGAAUGAAAGAAGAGAUCUCGAGAAGUCGGAACUGAAGGAGAUCCGGAGAAAGAGUGAUUCUACGCUGAGCCAUCACACAAUCAAGCCCGGAUUUGGAACUAGAGGCCCUCGUCCAGUUUCAAUGGCAGAAUCACUGCAAUCGAAUCACACCAUCGUCCCGGUCAGCAAGCGCUUGAGCGCGUUCCACGAUAAUUACAUGCCUGAAGAAGAGGAUGGGGAGAGGAUUGCCGAGAAGGCAUACCACACUCCGUUGCGCUCUACAUCACCCUUCUGUCGUGGAUCCCCUGCGUCAUCCAUCAAAGUGAGCCGUGACAGGCGUUCGCAGUCUGUCAAUCUUGGCCCUCCCUUAUCAUUGAUGACGUCGGCUCCGGACUGCACUGCAGCGACCGUUUCCAUGAGUAUGGAGACCAUCCCCGCUGUUCCCAGAUCCAUAUCGGAGGAUAAAGGAAGAUCAGGGAUAGCUGUCGAAUUCUCAACACUGCCUUCUAGCACAAGAAGGCCAUCACCCGCACCAUCGCGCACCAAUGAUAGUUUCUUGGAUAGUCGGUCGUCUUCUCCUUCGCACCCAGAACGCAAUUUGCCAGACAUUCCUGCGCCGCAGCGACGCAUUCCACCAGCAUCACCAGGAACACCAUCCUUCCGACAGACAGCUAUUAGCAUAACUGGUCUUGCCCCAGCCGCUGGCCUUGCUAGGCGUGCCGUUGAGAAGAUGGGUCGUGUUUGGGGCAAGGCCUCCCCUAGUUCGAGCUACCCACCACCCCCAGGUUGGACACACAGUGGUCGUUCACCCCUCUCAAGGGCUUAUUCUGGCACCGAUGAGCCACCUAUCAAGACACACCGACACGCACCUCACGCAUCUUCUGGAAGUUGGAGUAUCAGUUCGGCUAGCUCAUCUUCGGAUCAUGAGGGAAUCUUGGCAUCAGCUAGCCCUAUUCUUGGAAAGCGUUUGCGGGGCCCGGUCCGCCUGAGUCCUAGGGGUGCCGGUGUUGCUGGUGGACUUGUUUUUGGACGCGACAUGAAGAUAUGCGUCAGGGACACGGCAAUUGAUUCGGUCCGCACCGCAUUGCGUGCCAAGGAGUUCGACAGCAGCGCCACACAUGAUGCAGACAGCACACUGAGCGGUGCUCCAAGUGUUCCUUCAGCUGCGUUAGAGAGUCGCCGAUUGCCUGCCUUAGUUGUCAGGUGUGCGCAGCAUAUCCUUACCUGGGGCGUACAGGAGCUUGGGUUGUUCCGCGUCAAUGGGAGGUCGUCUCAUGUCGCAAAGUUACGAUCAGAAUUUGAUACUGGUGCCGACUUUGAUAUUGCUCAAUGCAGUCCUGGUGAUCUGGACCCUCAUGCCGUGGCAUCCAUUUUCAAGGCCUACCUUCGCGAACUUCCUGAACCAAUUCUAACGAAUGCUCUAUCGUCUUCGUUUGAAGCGGCGAUGACUUCGGAGCGUCUCACACACAAUACGCUGGAACCUGCCCAAAGUCCACGGAGCAUCCACCCUGGAUUGCGCAAGCCUCCUUCGUUGUCUACUCUAGCGAUGCCAAAUUUCUCCGGAUUACAUCCACCUUCAGAGCCACUCCGGAAAGCACUCUCCUCGCUGAUCGCCCGCCUGCCACAGGAAAACCGUGAUCUUCUCCUCACGGUCACCGAGCUUAUCAACGCGACAUCCCAACGCAGUCAAGACACGAAAAUGCCCUUGAACAACCUGCUGCUUGUUUUGUGUCCAAGCUUGAUCAUGAACCCGUCCCUGUUGCAGGCGUUGUGUGAAAGCAAAGGUAUCUGGGAUGGAGUUCAGCACCCUGUUGCGCCUGUCCGCCCUUCGCGGGAGAGCGUCCCGUCCCUUCACGACGUACUGGAAGAAGAGCAGCUCGACAAGCAAGAUGAUAGGAUAAACUUAACGCACAACGAUGCCCAAUCCUGUCGGGCACUUCCAGAGGUUCCUGCCGAUGACGUGGUUGAACCACUCACUGCACCAGCGAAUACGCCUGUUGAUCUUAGCUCGUCGGAGUCCUCGAUAUCUACAAGGCCGAGUCUGGACACUGCGGGGUCGACAUCUGACGCAUCAUCAUUUGCUCACACAGAUGAUAGUUCUUCGGUGUCCCAGUCCUCGCAGUGCGAGCAUCCCAUAACGCCGCCUUCAGUCAACGUCAAGCUACCAAACCCUUACUCCCUGCCGUCGCUCUCAUCCUCAAUGGACUCUCUGUCCAGCCCUUCUACAUCGUCGAACUCUCCCAUGCGGUCUGCCAAGCGUCUUCCAUUCUUGGAUGAGGUCACUAAACCUCAACCCUCUACCUCGCCCCACACCCUUGUCAUCGCUGAUCCAACACCUCUCUCGCUACCCACGUCUCGGCCUGAUCAGCCGCAAUUCCAAUUUCCAUCCACUAGUGGAGACUUUGCACAGCUGCACACGGUUAUGCAUCGCAAAUCAACACCCUCUAUGUCAUUCCCUGCUGUUCAACAGGCAGAUGUUGCCCGCUCCAACUCAUUUGCUUCCCGCGCAAAACGAAUGAAAAAACCAUCUCUUCAUUUACUUUUUUCUAAACGCUCUGCUUCAUCCAUGUCUUCACCCGUUAAUUUCGCCCCGGCGUAUUCACGGAAUUCGUCAACUUCGGAAUCUCCGGUAUCCAUGAUGACAGCUCAGUCUACGAGCAGAUUUAGCUUCCCUCCCGUGCUGAACACAAAAAUCGACUCAUCUUCCAUCUCACUUGCGCUAGGCAUUGAGGAGGAAGAGCAAUCGGACAUUUCCACUUCUGUUGGGCAUGGGACUGCCAAGAAUGUGCCUGUUGAGCCUCGUGAGUCGGUGGCCCUGCAGACGCCAGUAUUACCUGGUGGACUUCCAAGAUCUCCGGCCACGAUGUCCGCGCGAACACCUUAUCGUCAUCUCGAUGUCUCUUUUCCAGAUGACGAUGACUUUAGCGAGGAUGAUUGGACGCAAAGCGUGUUGUUGGCAGGGGAUGCAGUUUGGUGA